AAUGUGCAGAGAUGCAGAGACUGUAUGAUGAGAAAGAAAAAAAUGAUAUAUAUUCUCCAGAUUUUUCUGCAGACUCUUCUUCCUUUGCUACAUCUGCUAUAGCUGACCAACAAUAUACAAACUCUUCAUCUGAGAGAUAUGAAAUUCCGAAUAUAGAUUCUCUCUCAUCUACCUCAAAAGGAUUUCCUGACUCUAAUUCUGGUAGACCAGAUGUCACUGGAUUUCCCUUAAUAAACAGGGAGAAGUACCAAUCAUACAAACAUGAACAUGAACAAACAGAACCUUUUGAUUUAUCAAUAAAUGACCUUGAUCAGGAAAGUAUAAACAAAAAUAAAUUUGAUGGAGAUCAGAAUCUGAAAUUAUCAGAUUAUCACCAGGAUCAACAUGCACAUCUUGUAUCUCCUCCAAGCAAUGCCACAGGCGAGGCACUUGAACUAGACCAAAAUCAGCACACUCCAAUCAUAGUCUGGUCAUCCUGGAAUAAAUUGCCAUUAUCAACUACAUCCCCCCUUCAACUUCAACCAUCAUCACCUCUUGACUCAACUAUAACUGAAAUAACCUCAAAAGAGAUACCAGAUACUAUUCAGGGAACAGAAGGAACCAGUGUGAACAUUCAGAGUCAUUCUCUCUCCCAUCAAAGUAAUCUUCAGCCUGCCCCAAUGGAGACUACACUAGGCACUCCUCUUUGUUUUCCAUCUCCAUCGUCAGUCACUGAAGACCAAAUGAAUACAAGCCCAUUUGGGGUUUCACCUUCAAGUUAUGUUGAUAUGGAUGGAAUCAAUAAAGAUGGUGGGCUUAAAGUGAGUGUAGACAAUAACACAUCCAUAGACGCUAGUACAAGAGAGAAAUCAAAUGGAGAAGAAUAUAAUGAGAUGCAGAGAGUGAUUCGGGGGAAAGAAAGAAGUGAUACAUAUUCUGCAGUAUUUUAUACCAAUUAUUCUUCCUCUGCUACUUCUGCUACUAUUGACCACCAUUUUAUAAAUACCUCCUCUGAGGGUUAUGUUCCAAAUAUAGGUUCACUUCCAUCAACCUCAAAAGAAUUUCCAAAAGAUCAUAAUUUACUGUUGCAUCAGCAUUCAGAGAGUAUUGAGUAUAUCCAUGCUAUUUCUUUUGGUAGGUCAGAUGUCACUAUGUUUCACUCAUUAAACUCAAAACAGUACCAGUCAAACAAACCCCAGCAUGAAAAAAAGGAACCUUUUGACACUCCAAUAAUUGACUGUACUCAGGAAAGUACAAACAAAAAUCAAUUUGAUAAAGAUCAAAACCAGAAAUUCUCUGAGAGGGCUCCUAUCCAGGGCCAAAAUGCACAGCUCGUAACCCCACCAAGCAGUUCCACAUCAGGUGUGAUAACAUCUUCAGAGGAGAUCUCAGAUACUGUUCAGGGAGAUGAAGGAAGCAGUACAAACAUUCAAAGUCAUUCUCUUUGCCAACCACUUAAGCUUCAGCCUGCCCCAACUGAGACUGUACAAGGGAUUCCUAUUAGGUUUCCAUCUCCAUCAUCAGCUACAGAAGAUCAAAUGAAUUCAAGCCCUUCUGGAGUUUCACCCUCAAGUUAUGUUAAUACAGAUGGAAUCAGCAAGGAAAAUGGUGGGCUGACUUUGACUGGAGCUGAUGACACAUCUAUUGGAACAAGUCUAAGAAAAGAAUUAAAUAAAGAAGGUGUUUUAGAGCCCAUCCAAACUAAGAUAUUAAAGUAUAAAGAUGGCAGGAAAAGAAUGUUUAUGGUUUUACAAAGGUCUUCUUUUGAAUUAAUGAAAGAUAAAGGACUCAUUCAACCAGUAAAGGCAUAUCCAAAUGGCCAAAUCCUGCCAGUCACUAAAGAUGAAAUAGAAUCUUCAAAAACUUUAUUGCCACCCUCCCAUCAGCCUGAGGAUAUAGAGAAAAUACAAUAUAAAUCUAUCACUCAGCUGGAAGGUCUAGAAGAACUGCCAGAUUCUAUGGAAGAUAUUCGAAAACUACCGAUACCUGGCAGCUAUGAAUCUCAGCAUCCUCUCCGAGCUCCUCAAAGGUCCUUCAGUCCAUUCACAUUGGAAUGGUCUGACAACCCAUUUUUUACACCUAUAAAACAAACUCCUGUUGUUGUAACUUGGUCGGCUACCAGUGUUUCAGAUUCCCCAGCACUUACUUUCACCAUUCAGCUGCCAAGCAAAAUGAAUAAUUCUUCAUUCAAAUUACACUCUGCCACAAUCAAUAGCAAACAAAGCAAUGUUAUUCCUUCAGGUGCUUCAAACCAUUAUGCUUUACCACCCAGGUCUAUGAUCAGACCACAACUUUCAACAGAGAUCCCUAGCACUUCUUCACAAUCUCUUGCAUUAUAUACAAACAAACCACCCAGCAUAGUUGCAGAAGAUCUCUCUCAAAUGCCUGACAUGUACCCACCCUCCCCUAGUAAUUUUCAUGAAUGGGAACAAGAUGUGAAUCACAACAGUUCUAAAGGAUCAAAAGUAUUAAAGAUCAGUGAUAAAGGUAUUGGGGAAAGACAAAAUCUUGUCAGGAAGAAUAUUCUUUGGUUGGCAAAUAAGGAAGGCGCCUCACAGUUAAGAGAGGAGGAUGUAAAGCAGCUGUCUGAGAAAGCAAGGAAUCAUAAUAAAGACUUUGAGGCAACGAAACAUCAGUUGAAGAGAAGAUACAGCCGUUUGCUAAAUAAACACAGCCAAAAAUAUAAUGGACUUCUCAAAAAGUAUAGAAACCUUGAGAGGACUUAUAACAUUGUUGAAGAUGCAGGCAGUAGAGAGCAAAUAAUUAGAGAUGCUAAAAAGUUCCUUUCAGAAGAACAUGCUAUGUUCUUGGAAAGCCAGUUGUUCCUGAAAAACAGAGCAGGGAAAGGCAAUAGGUUUUCCAAGAAAUUCCUGAAGUAUGUCAUAGGCAUAUAUGAACGAAGUCCAGCUGGGUAUAGAUUUUUAAGGACUAUCUUCACUAUGCCAUCUGUCAGAACUAUCCACAAAUGGCAGAAUCGUUCCAAUAAAAAUGUUGCCAAAGGUAUAGUUGACCAGGACAAUGUAAUGGAAAUGUCAGGAACUUAUGGAGAUAUUGAAUCAUUUGCAGACAUGUUGCAGAUGGGACCAAUGCCUUCAGGCCAUGAGGAAACUGAAGUGAGCAACCCUGAAAGUUUCCAAGAACUGAUCAAUAUACCCCCACCAGAUUUUUAUGAAAAUAAUGGUGCUCUAUUUUGGGAGGAUUCUCAAGUAGGUUUUGAGGUUCCUCAGCAAUUUGUACAACCACAAGAACAAGUAGUACAAAGUGGAUGCGAAGUGGAAUAUAUUCAAAAUGUAGAUGAUGCAUAUAUGCUAACCCAGUUGUAAAAUUAAAUAAUUUCCUUUUGAUAAAGCACCUACUAUUCUUUCUCUGCACAUUUUAAAAACAGCCAGUCAUCCAUAUAAAAUGCUCUAUAUUAAUGCAGAUGCCUGAUAUUUGAUUUUAUUUACAGUACAAGCAUCUUUGUAGAUCAAAAAGAAGUGAUAAAUGCUCAAUCAUAUUUGCUCUCCUCCUAUACCAGUAAAUAGCUUACAAGUGAAAUUACAAGCACAAGCACUAUGCAUACCAAGUAUUCAUUGAAGAAAGUGUAUGCGACCUGUGAUCUGAAAUCUAUCAGUUGGUAAGAUUAAGCAAAUCAGGAGCAGAUUUCUUUAGUUAGUGACUGCUUUUGUUUUGUGUGAUUUAAACAAUUAUUAAAUGCUACAAGUAGUAUGAAUAUUACAUUUGCAACAAAUCGAUGAAACAUUAUCUUUUUCAGUUUUGUAAGUGAGUAUAAAUUACUGGAACAACCCAGUUUUCAUAGAACUUAUCCAGGAAGAAUCAGACAAUAAAUAAAGAUUUCUGUAUCUUUCAUCUUCAAAAAGAUUGGAAUUAUAGAUUGAAUAUACAGUUUUGUUAUUGGAAAAAUAAAUAUUUUAUUUUAAUUGUUAAAUGCAACAUUAGUGGCAAAAACUCUUGAGAGACUGUAACACCAGUGAAGAUAAAUGGUGAAAUCAAGGAAGAUGAAAUAAGGAAAGUGAAAAAAGCAUAUAAAUAAGGAAAGUGAAAAAAAGCAUAUAGACUUGUAUAAGAAUUGGGGCUCAUUAACCCACUGUUGACGGAAUAGCAAGAAUAUAUGUUGAAGUCUAUUGUUUUUGUUUAUUGAUAAUCUUUCCACAUAGAUGGCUCAACAAGUUCUUAGUCAUUACAAAGCCAAUCACUAGUCCUACCUAGACCACCUCUUUACCCAUUUCCUUGAUUUCUGGAAAGAUUUUUGAAAUAAAUUUUGUUAUUAGUAUUGUUAAAAAUAUGAAAAUCAUUGUCAACAGCAGUAUUAACAAAAUUUAUAUUCAUAGCAUUAGAAAAAUAAUAUUUUCCCCAUAAACACUGGCUUAUUUAUUAGCUCCUUGGCUACCAAGGAUUUGUGGAGCUAUCUAUGUGAAAACAAAUUUCACAAGAGAAAUGGUUAGUUGACACCAUUGGGUUAAGGUUAAUGAAUUUGAAGGGCUGAAGCUUUUCUCAUUUUAUUUGAAGCAAAUUCUGUAAAAAUAUGAGAGCUGAUGUUACUAACUGCUAUUUCUGAAAUUUAAUAAUGUAAGAAUAAAAGAAAAACUACUCGCCCAUUAUUUUUUUUCCAUGUUAUGGGAACCUUUUUAGGUUUUUGUUGUUCAUUUCUUACUUUGCUCAAAAGUGAACGAAGAGAGUUAAACACUGUUUAGCAGUUUGUCUUGGAAUGGCCACUUAGAACUCCUGUAUAAUUUAUGGAAUCAAAUCAAAAGUGUGGCAUUGGUUCAAAUAGUUCAAAUGAGAAAAGGAACAUAAUUUAUUACAGCAUAAAGUAUGUGUCAAUCUAUUUUACAACUUAAGACACAGGAGAAAUAAUGAGAAAUGCAGAUGAAAGCUGUUUUAACAAGGUAUAUGUGCAGUCUAAUGGCUUUUAAGUUCCACUUUAGAGGAAAUCAUAAGUAUCUUCAA